UGCGAAGCUUAGGAAGACAAAGCCUUUUUCCUACAAGAAAUGUUAUACAGAUUUUAAAACAGCUAGAAAUAUUCUGAAUUUAUGGCAAGCCAUCAUGUCCAAAUAUUGGAGGAUACAUGUCAAGCGAAUUGAAGGAGCAGUGGAGCUGUAGAAGAAGCAAAAAAGCCAACUUUUUGAAAUAUUAUAGAAGAGUUUGCCAUGUUUUGAAGGAGGACAAGAGAUAAAAGAAUGGAGGGCAGGGCAAAGAUUGGAUCCUGUAAAUAGGGAUGAUGACAAAGAUGGGGAGAUAAAAAGGUUCCAAGAGCUGGAGAAGAUGGGCUGUCUUUCCUAUUUAAGAAGACUGGACCUCCAUGGCAGACUAGGAAUUAAAGAAGGAACCAUGAACCAAUCUUCCCCCAAGUUCAGCAGAGAAGCAGAGGACUGCAGCAGCAGUGAAUCCGGAUGGACCAUGUACCUCGCAUCAUCCUCCAUGCAUGGAGAUACUAGCAAUGGUGAUGAUGAUGAUGAAGUUGGGAGUGGCACCAUUAGUGUUCAAAGCAGUGGAGAAGAUGAAGCCAAGGAAGAAGAUGAUGAUGAUGAUUCCAUGGCAUCUGAUGCAUCUUCUGGCACACCUUGUAAGCAGUGCUGGCAUGAUGAUGUUGGUGGUGUAGUGAAGGAGAAGAAGAAGAAGAGCAGCCAAUGUUCUUCAAGGUGUUCAAGGAAAAAUCAUAAAGUUGAAACAGGGGAUGUUUCUAAAGAAGAAGGGAAUGGUGAUUCUAUUUUCAUCCAUGGCGGGUCAAAGAUGAGGAGGGUGAAGUUUGGUGAAAAGUGAAGAAGAUAUAUACUGCCUGGUUUUUUUGCUAUGUAGAAGGUAAAGAUUAAGGUCUUGGAUCAAGUUGUCUGGUUGUUAAUGAAAUGCAUCCUGGUUUGUUUAGUAUUGGAGGCAGCUUGUGCUCCUGAUUCCGUGUUUUGGAGGAUUAUAUAUGUUAAGCAAGUAUAUCAAUAAUAUAUUUGUCU